AUGUUUUUAACAAGAUCAGAAUACGAUAGAGAUGUCAACACGUUCUCAUCAGAGGGACGUUUGUUCCAGGUUGAGUACGCUUUGGAGGCCAUCAAGUUGGGUUCAACAGCUAUUGGCAUACAGUGUGAUGAGGGUGUCGUGCUCGCCGUAGAGAAGCGUCUCACAUCAACAUUGCUCGAGCCAUCCUCAAUUGAGAAGGUUGUCGAGAUUGACGUUCAUCUAAUCUGUGCCAUGUCUGGACUUACCGCCGAUUCGAGGACCAUCAUCGACCACGCCCGUAUCGAGACACAGAACCACAGAUUCAACUACGACGAGCCAAUGGGAGUCGAGUCAUGCGUUCAAUCAAUCUGUGAUCUUGCACUUAGAUUCGGUGAGAACCGCAAGGAGGGAGAAGAGAAGAUGAGUCGACCAUUUGGUGUUGCUCUGUUGAUAGCAGGUGUUGAUGAGCGUGGACCUUCUCUGUAUCACUCAGACCCAUCGGGAACAUACACACAGUUCAAUGCUAAGGCUAUUGGUGCCGGUUCCGAGGGCGCCCAGAUCACCCUGCAGGAGAAGUAUUCAAAGACGUUCACUCUGGCCGAGGCUCAGAAGCUUGCGCUCACCACCCUGAAGCAGGUGAUGGAGGAGGCCAUCACCACGACCAACGUCGAGCUGGCAGUGAUCACCAAGAGCGAAAGGAAGUUUAAGAUAUACGACACUACCGAGUUGACCACCGUCAUUGCCACUCUCUAA